UCUAGUAACGUAACAUUUGUAACCCACUAAGAAGUUUAAAGUUUUAUUAAUGAAUUUUUAGGCAUUUAUAUUUAUUUCAAAUUCUUUAAUAACACAGUCUGCUAAAAUGAUAACCAUGCGUUUUUGACAAACCUAGCGGUUUUGUUGAAAGUGGUCCAUGUAUAGAAGCAGCACCCUGCCCUGAUCUCUGCAGCAGCAACCACAUAAUGACUGUCCUCUCUCUCCAUCGCUCUGUCUCUGACUCCACCUAUCUGCAGUGUGUAUAAGAAGUGUCCUGAUCUUUCUCCUCAGUAGUUCCUCUUCAGGUUCUCCCAGGAGUUUCAACCCCUGACCUCCAAGGAUGGAUAACGCCACAUACAACUACAUGAAUGACUGCACGCCGCUCACUAACUGUAAGUCCGGCCGUAAGGCUGGCGGCUCCACGGUGGUCAACAUGAGCCAUGCGGGCAAGAAGCCACCAAACGACUACCUGAUCUGGUCGCUCUGUAACACUCUUUACGUCAACUUCUGCUGCCUGGGAUUCAUGGCCCUGAUCUACUCCAUCAAGGCUCGAGAUCAGAAGACUUUGGGCGACCUGCGUGCAGCACAGGAAUGCUCAGACAAGGCCAAGUGGUACAACAUUCUGGCAUCGGGCUGGAAUCUGCUGAUUCCUCUGCUGGUGUUGGGUCUGCUGGUCCUGCUCGUGGUUCAUCUGGGCAGCUCAGAGGGAACGUUUGAUUUCUUUGGUGAAGACGGAUUCCAGAGCUUCAUGAAGCUCUUCAGCAGGUAGACAGAGCGACUCGAACAAUCCCACCAACACAAGCUCCUGCAAACCUUCUGGACUGUUCCCCCUCUCUCCA